UGUCACUGGCAAUUGCAGCCGCAGAGAAAAAACAUAAACAAUACACCGCAAAUUUUAAUUUUUUUUAUAAAAAUCAUUGAAUUCCCCAAAAAACUUGUAUAAAAUGAGCGAAUUACAGGAUACACUAACACAAGAUCAUAUAAAAUUGGUGGAAAGUAUCAAUCACCGUGUCGACAGUAUUUACAAACAUUUGUGUGAAUAUGAGGAAUCCAUUGAUCCACGUACCCUAGAGGAUUAUGGUGAUUCACAAACAAAAAUUAUGGACUUAUUAGAGACAUUAGAAACAAUACAAGAGGCGGCUCAACGUAUACGUCCUUUUAAUUUGGAAUUGCGUUCGCGUCAGCAGGCAUUGGAAGAACAAAUGAAAUGUUUGGAACAAUCGGUGGUUUUAAUGAAACUAGAAACGGGCAGUGGUGAUAGUCAAAUGCAGGAAUAGUACGGGCAAAAAGGGCAACAGAUAUUUUAAGUAUUAAUGAAAAAAAAAUUAACAAUUUUUUAUAUAAUUUUAUAAAUUUUUUUACAUUAUUUUUUUGAUAAUGCAAUAAAGUAUUCAGUAUAAUAUGGAAUUUUAGGAGAAAA